AUGGAGUAUGCCUUCAGAGUGAGUGAGGGGGCAGCACGAGUCGACGUGAGCGGCCUGAUGGUUGACUGCGGGGCAACCUCGCACAUUGUCACAGACCUCGCAAAGUUUAAGAGGUUCGAGACACAGUGGCGAACGGCACGCGGUGCAUGGGUGUGGCAGAGCGCCGAGGCGAUGCAGCAGUCCAGUAUAGGCCUACGCCUUUUUACUGAUUUUAGCAGUAAAAAAAGGACACAUAGGUCUGGCACGGGGGGUGGCCCAGCUACCCCAGAAUUUACCCCAGCAGAGGAGGUGGCCCUUGACCUGAACAAAGGGAGGCCUAUAAUUGAAGGAAUCCAGGGUGGGACCUGCACCGACUCUGUUUCACCCAAAGAAAGCGCCCACUUCAUACAAGUGUCUGGCAAUACUAUCACUCUUCUGGAGCCCCUUUAUGAUGACCUAGAUCCGGGUGAAGGCACAUCUGCUGCACAAGACGAGGAGGAAACAAUUUCAGUGGAUUCAAGAAGACAGGAGGACCCAGACACUGUGCAGGCCGACACUCAGCCUGCCAACAUUGUAAGUAUUACCCUGAAGAACAAAUUCACACCAUGCACAAUUCCUGCUGUAUUUAAGAAAGUCUCACAGCAGCCAAGUCAUAACUGAUAUGUGUUUUACAGAGUUCCCAAACAGUCAGGUCCCUGUACACAACACACCUACAGAAACAAAUAGAUUUGGCAGAGAUAAAAAUUCAAUUAAAGAAACGAAAAAUGCAGGAAAUGGACCUCGAUAUGCAAAUCAAAAGACAAACCUUGAGGAAACUGGAUUUGGAAAUCAAGAAACUAGAGAGAGAAGUAAAUGAUCAUUUAAAUGCAUACUUUAAGAAUGACAGCAACACAAUGUAUUAAUCUUUUUUUGUUCUUUUCCCAAGCUCGCAGCAGACAAGUGAGACAUCUAAAAAAUGAAAAGGUCAAAAAACAUUGUGGUGUCUUUUCCUUGGUAUAUAGAACUAUACAAUUAUACCAAAAACAAAUGUCCACUUCAAAAGCCAAAUGAAACAUACAUAACUCAGGAAUCAAAAGUAAUUGGCAACGUAUUGGUCUCUGACCAGCCUGCCAUUGACAUUGUCUGGGAAUAUUGCUUCAUUGUCCCAGUCCAUAUCCAAGGCUACUCUGGGAGCCCUUUCCUUUCUCAGGCAGGCGAUGUUGUGCAGGACAGUGCAGGCAACCGUGAUGUCACAGGCCCUCUCUGGGGUGACUCUUAGGUGGUGAAGGCACUGGAAACGGGACUUCAAAAGGCCAAAUGCCAUCUCGAUGCGGGCCCUUGAUCUUGCAUGGGCAAAAUUAUAGGUGAGCUGUCCUGCUGUCUGGGGGUCUGCAAAUUGAGUCAGAAGAAAUGGCUGACAUGCAUAGCCCUUGUCACCAAGCAAAACACCAGCAUA